UGCCCCACAAUGCUUUGCAAAGCUAAUAGCUAACCUCAGGGAAGGGGCACUAUGCUGCUCCGCAUUCAAUAGCCCUGCUGAUAACAGCUCAACAAAGAUUAGCAAUGAGAAGAUGAAUAAUGCAGCUGCUCCUUCAGCAUGCAUUGAGGAUGGGAAAUAAACGUUUCCCACUACGGCUCGCUGAGCAUUUCUACCCUACUGUUAUAAAAGAUUAAGUCACGUGUCUGUGUGUUCAGGGGAAGGGAGGGGAUUGCAUGGUGUUUGUUUACUGCAUCCAUAGGAUAUGGUGAUAUUUGUAUCCGCUCCACUGUUUUAGAGGCAGAAAAAGCCGGAGCCCUUUGUCUAUGAUUGUGUAAAAUAAUGUGAAAAAAGGUGCACGUACUCUUUAAAGGCAGUAAUGAUGGGACCAGGCAUUCAAGAUUACCCUUUGCUACUGCAACGACGGACGCUGAAAAAGGACAGUCAACUCCAUGAAACCCACAAAGGAAUGUUCCAGUGGUGGAAAGGGACUUUCAAGUACCAAAGGACUAAAGAAACCACUCCCCUCUGUGAUACCUUCUCCCAGCCGAUUAGGCAAAAGUAUUUUAAAUACCACCGAAAAGACUUUCCAUUGCACCCAGGGUAAUAGUCAAGCAGGUUCUCUUUACAAGGAAAGAAACAGGCUAGAUGAGACUCAUCAGCAAAACAGAAUAAGUGUUUGUACAUCACUACACAAAGCACGAAGGGCAAAGGAGGACCUCUCAGAAAGAAAGCAAAGUGAAUGUGGAUUACACAGAAUCUCUCCCAAUUUGAAGGAGAUUUCACAAAGUGGCUCCAGUAGGGCAGAAGAUGUGUGGAUGCAGAGAUGUUAUUCCAAUCAAAAAGGAGACUCUCAAAGCAAUCUUGGAGAGCAUGUGACUGAAGCUACUGCUUGUACUUCCAGAUAUCAAGGGACCUCUGUGAAUGAAAUGUUUCUUGACUUUGAAUCAGUGAGAAUUAUUCAAGAGGAUGCUGCUGAGGACAGUGCCAGUGACCUUUCUGACUCAGAAAGAAUUCCCAUCCCUCCUUCCCCCUGCACACCGCCAGAACUCAACCUCCGAGCUGAAGAAAUUGACCCAGUGUGUUUUGAACAACUCUUUGAUUCAGGGUAUAAAGAAUCAGUGUACUAUUAUCCUGACUUCCUCCCACCCCCUUUCAACUCCUGGGACCUACAGCAGCUGGCAAUGUUUGUUAACACAGACUGUAAAUCUGAAUCUCGACCACAGCCAAUAGGAUUUCUUGAGAAAUAUAUCGAUCGGCUUUUGCAGCUGGAGUGGCUGCAGGUGCAAACUAUACAGAAUGAGAAAGGAAAGACUGCCAAAGCUAGGCCUCAGACUGCUCCUAGUACCACACGGACCCUAAAAAGCCCUUGCAAAGGCAAAUCAUUGCAUAGCCCUUUGUCUAACAAGCAGUUAACUCCCCAAGAAAGUGUUAUAAAGCUCCCCACCAGCCUUUCAGGUUGCAGAAGAAAUGUACACUCUGAAGAAAAUAGCCAGUUAAGUGCAUAUCCAAGUCAUUCAAAAAUUACUGAGGUGAUGGGUGGCACAUCGUCCCCACAGAGACAAGCCUGUGAAAUGAGGAGUGAAGUGAGAAAGAGGCCAACCACCAAGCAGCAACUUCUCAGCAGCCCUAAGAUUCAAGAUGUUGGAAACAUUAGACCCCCCAAGCAAUGCCCCAAAGUUCAUAGUUCAGCUACCCCCAUCCAAGGGAGAAAAACACAAGUGGAUUCAAAUAUGAAGACAAAUGGAAGUGCUAAUAAUUAUGUUCCUUCCAAGAAACCAUCGGGGGAUAGGAAGCUAAAAACAAAUGGCAUGAAACAAACAUUCACAUUUAAAUAAUGAAGAAUUCAUUAGUGCAUUGUCAAUGCAAUGCUGACUGCUGGACAGUGGAGAGGCCCUGGUUUUUCCAUCAAGAAAUCCUGUAGAAAAUUGUUCUUUCUGAAGAUUUCUGGGCUUAGCAUAGCACGUUUAAAUAGGUUGGAUCUGAAACCAGCAGGGCCAGCAGAGAAUAAUUUUCUCUGAAGGCAAAUGUCUUCCACUGGUAUUUACUCAAAGGGUUUACACUUGCUUAUGCAAGAGGAUUCUAGCUAAUAAGGUUAGAAAAUCAUGAAACUCCAUCAAAGUCAACGAAGUUUCUCUUGAUUUACAUUGGUAUACGUGAGGAGCAUCAAAUCCAUCUUUUCUCUAUUGAGCAGACACGUGUGUCAUAUAGGGUGAGACAGGUUUGCUUUUCUUUCUAAUGGAAAAGAGCUUAGUUGAUUUUUAUUUUGAUAGAUUUGGCCAGACUCAUCUAUUCAAAGUCAAAGUCUCUGAUUCUUGAGGGAAGACCAUCAAAAUUGGUCUGUUUGAGGAGCAGAGAGCAAAGAAUGUUUUGAAGUAAUCUGAGUCAUAAAAGAUUCUACUGGUUAAAAUCAUAUCACUUCUGUAAAGGACUGAUGUCUGCUCGACUGGUGACAGGCCAAAAAUAUGGCCUGAAUAUUUUUAUACAGCUAUCUUUCUUGUAUUUUGAGACCAUUUUCCUUAAAAGUCCACCUUCUGGUAGGUCUUGCUGGUUUGUGUCAUUUAGAAGGCGAAUCUCUAAGGCUGCGUCUAGACUGGCAAGUUUUUCCGCAAAAGUGAUUACUUUUGCGAAAAAACUUGCCAGCUGUCUACACUGUCUGCUUUG